AAACGAACCAAAGUUUUGAUUUUGAGCAGAUGGGUGGAUCAGGAAACUGGAUUAAAUCACUAUUAUCUCACAGAAAAAACGUUCAUGAUCAUCAGCAGGAGAAGUUAAGCAGCAAGAAGAAAUGGAAGCUGUGGAGGCUUUCAUCAGAGAGCUUCACAUCUUCUUCCACCUCCUCCAAAGAAUGUUUUCUCAACCGCCGUGGAAGCUAUGGACUUUCUUCUCUAGGCUCAGAGCCACCUUCCUUCUCUGCUGAUGAGGCUUUUGCUGUGGCUAUGGCAGCUCUCAUUCGAGCUCCUCCUAAGGACUUCUUAUUGGUUAAAAGAGAAUGGGCUUCAACAAGAAUCCAAGCUGCUUUUCGUGCUUUCUUGGCAAGACAGGCGUUUAGAGCUUUGAAGGCUGUAGUGAGAAUCCAGGCGAUAUUUCGUGGUAGACAAGUUAGGAAACAAGCAGCUGUUACACUUAGGUGUAUGCAAGCUCUUGUUCGUGUUCAGUCUCGUGUUAGAGCUCAUCGUAGAGCGCCUUCAGACUCUAUUGAAGUGAAAGAUCCUGCAAAGCAGAGCGAGAAGGGUUGGUGUGGUAGUCCAAGAAGUAUCAAGGAAGUGAAAACUAAGUUACAAAUGAAGCAAGAAGGAGCUAUUAAGAGGGAGAGAGCUAUGGUGUAUGCUCUUACACAUCAGUCGAGGACGUGUCCAAGUCCAAACGCAAGAUCAAACAAGAAUCAUGGUUUGCGCAAGAACGGUCCUGGUUGGAACUGGUCUGAAAAGUGUAGUGACAGCAGCGUAUCGUCUGAACAUGAGACCGUAAAAGUCAGGAAGAACAAUCUUACUUCAACUAGAGUUCUUGCUAGACCUCCUCAUCUUCAUCUUCCUCAGGUUUCAUCUGGCACAAGUUCAGAUUCUUUACACGACGAGACAUCAAUCUCGUCAACAUCUCAAUCACCAGUUGCAUCCUCCGGCAGUGUCCUUGAAAGUGGUGGGUAUUAUAGAAAGCCGAGCUACAUGAGCCUGACACAAUCUACUCAAGCCAAGCAGAGACAGUCAGGAUUAUCUUGCAGUGGUGAUGCAAGAAGCAGUGCUGGUUCAGAACAGUGUACUGAUCUUUACCCACAGGAGAUAGUAACUGGAAGACAUCUCUGGGCCAAGAGCCAGCGAAGCUAAAAAAAAUAGAGUUAUGUUUGUUUCUUUUCAAGUCAAUUUCAACAGCCUGUUGGUUUCUCCUUCUAUCUUGUUCCAGGAACGGUUCCUGCGAAACAUAUACGAACUAUAGAUACAGAAACAGCUUCUGUGUACCGUUUACAUGUAAGAAUAUUGUUGAGAGUUACUUAAGCUUGAAGUGUUUGGCUACAUAAGCCACUUCUCAGUAACUUGGAAUCUGAGUUUUUGUUACUUCUUUUGUUGUCUAAACCUGUACUAUGGAUGCAUUUCAACUUUUACUUGAAUAUAUCAAGAACUCGAAAUAGACUUAUC